UAUAGAGAUGUUCACCCUCAAGCCCAAGAGUUCCGCCGACUACGAGGCAAUGACGAUCUUCGGGGAUCGCGUUGCCUUAAUUCCUUAUUCCAAAGACUUGGUUCCGUCUUAUCAUGAAUGGAUGAAGGAUCCUUUCCUGCAGGAGGCAACGUGCUCAGAGCCCUUAACCCUAGAAGAGGAAUACGAAGCUUGGGCCGGAUGGGUCUCAGAUCCGAACAAACUGACGUUUUUGAUUGCGAAACGAUGUGGAAAGAGGCAGGUGGAUGCGUCUUUUCCCUCCAGCAGCUCUACUUCUUCGUGGUCGUUUCCAUUUGCGCCAGUGACGAGGGCAGAACAGAUCAGAUCGCUGCGGAAGGAGCAAAUAACGGGAAGCAGAACAAUUAGUUUUUCUACCAAAACUUUUGAAGACAGUUCUUCUGACGGCACGACCUCGAAAGCGAGAAAAGCGAGUUCUGCGGACGUUGCUUCAAUACCAUAUACAAGGCUGAUAGCAAAUAAACAAGGUGAAGAUACAGCAACCCCCAGCGAACUAGGUCUUUCUCUCGCCAGCGAGCCACUAAUCCCAUGCGGUGACGUAAAUAUGUUUGCCUGCGACGACGACAUAGCAGAGGUCAACGUGAUGCUAGCGCAUGCCGACUCUCGACGAAGUGGAUUAGCCAACGAAGCCAUUCGCCUGUUCCUGUCCUAUGCCUAUACAGAACUCAAAGUCAAGCGGUUUCGAGCGAAGAUAUUGGAGGAUAACGAAGCAUCCAUAAAGUUUUUCAGUGAUAAAUUAGGUUUUAGCUUGGAAUGUCGCAAAGAAGUCUUCGGAGAAGUUUGGUACCGGUUAGACGUUGAUGAGGCACCUUCAGCUACAUCUUCUACCACAUCUUCUCCCGCAAAAGCUCCUACUGGACCUGAAUCGACGAUGGAAGGAACUUCGCUUGGUGUAAAACCACACAACUAGUAGACUAGAUCAUGAAGCCCGCCCGCCAGGCCGAUGAAUGAUCACGACCCUUAGCUACAAUUCCUUUACAUUCUACCCAGCGACAUGAUCGGAAUCGUCCCCUUCCUAGUAGUACCCAAACCCUUUUUUACCCGACGUCGAAGCCUAGUCAGAAAAUAGGCUGAGCUUCAUGUCUCGUCUAGAAACAACGAAUAGUCGAG